AUGCAGCUCCAAUCUCUCAUCAUCGCCGCCGCCUCGGCCACCGCAGUGUUCGCUGCCCUCAACGAACCAUGCUACGGCUCAGGUGGACGAGCCGGUGUCUGUGUUACCACCGCCAGCUGCUCAUCCAGCGGCGGCACCACCAUCAACGGCGCCUGUCCCAGCGACCCGUCCAACGUCAAAUGCUGCACCAAGGCCUCCUGCGGCAGCGGCGGCAACUGCCGCUUCACGAGCGACUGCGCCGGCACCUCCGUCUCGAACCAGUGCCCCGGACCCAGCAGCUUCAAGUGCUGCUCCUCGUCCGCCACCGGCUUCGGCGGCUACAAGGCGCCCGGCAUCCCGUCCGUGGGGGCGUGUAAGUCGGUCGCCGUCAGCGGCGCGAAGAAGAUCGUGGCGCAGUUCCCGGGCAGGGUUCGCGAGAUCGGGUGCGUGAGGGACUGUGCUUGCCCCGGCGACUCCGACCACUGCUGUGGAAAGGCGACUGACAUGAUGUGCUCUGAUGCCGGCGGCACGCCCACGGCUUCUGGAAAGGAGAUUGCCGAAUGGGUCAUGAGAAACGCCGACUCUCUCAAGGUCAAGUAUGUCAUCUGGGGUCAGAAGAUCUGGCAGUCUUCGGAGUCUGUCAAGACUUGGGCCAACUGGAAGCCCAUGGAAGACCGUAACAGCAUCACCAAGAACCACUGGGACCAUGUUCAUGUGAGCUACAACUAA